AUGAGAGAAAACCCUAGCGCCGUAACCCUGUCGGAAACACCGACGGAGCUGUCCAAAGAAGAAGCAGAUAACCUGCAACGGAGUAAAAAGAAGCCAAAGUCAGGAGAUGAUGUUUUCAGUAAUGAUCAUUCUUUGGUUCAAAGAGAGGAAGAGUGGAUGGGGGAGAAGAUGUCUUUUAAAGAAAUGCUAAUGCGACAUAACGGUAAAUGGGAGAUGCAUGAGGCAGACAAAGAGGAAGGCUCUGAGCAAGAGGAGGAGCAUUUCCAGGAUGCGCAAACCGAAACGGAAAAGCCUUCAGAAGUCCAGUGUGAAACUGAUGAGGAAGGUAUGGCUAAUUUUAAAUUGUCAAAUGCUUUUAAAAAGAAAGCAUGGAGACCAUGGAGGAAGGUGAUUUUUGUGAAGCUAUUAGGGAAAAAAUUGGAUCUUCCUGUUAUAAAGAAGAGGCUUCAAAAUAUGUGGGCACGAGAGGGGCAAAUUUUUGUUACUGAUGUGGAGAACGGAUUUUUUCUUGUGAGGUUUUCUAUUCAUAAAAAUAUGGAUUUUGCCCUCACGGCAGGCCCGUGGGUUUUGUUUGAUCAUUACCUGUCUAUCAAGUCAUGGGAACCUGAUUUUAAUCCCUAUUCAAGCUCUAUUGGUAGAAUCAUGGCUUGGGUCAGACUUCCUAGUUUUCCAGUAGAGUAUGUGAACACAGAUUUGCUCAAGGAGGUAGGUAAUUGGCUAGGUAAAUUCAUAAAGAUGGAUGUUGCCACAAAUUGUUUGGCUAGAGGGAAAUUCGCGACAAUAUGUGUGGAACUGGACCUGAGUAAACCGCUUCAAGUAGAAUACAAAAUAGAGGGGAGACUGGAAAAAUUUGAAUACGAGGGACUGCAUUUGAUAUGUUAUGGGUGUGGAGUGUAUAGUCAUCGCACAGAAAAUUGUAAUGUGAAGGCUAAUUCUUCUGUUCAUGUACUCGCGGAGCCAAACAUGGAACGGGGCCAAGAAGACAAUGAUACAAAGAAAGAAAUUAGAUUAAGACCAUGGAUGCUGGUGAAUAAACAAAGGAAAAAUAAUAAAAGUGGAUUUUCUUAG